CGCCUCUUAUAUCGACUCGUUUGUCGAAAUACGGGUGUUAUAAAACAGACUGGAAGGUAAUUCUGCGUCUUGCACUUAAAAAGGAAAUCUUCCCUCAGAAAGCUCUGUUGCAAGUUUCAUACCGGAACCGACAGUACUUCUCGAUACAGAACCGCCAGAACCCGGCUGUGAGCAUGGCGUCUGUGGUGCAUGAGAAAGUGAAGAGUUAUUACAGUUCUCUGGAGACUGGAGAAGAUUUGCAGACCAGUGCUGCUUGCCCAGCGCCCUCUCGUCUUCUGUCCCCGAGCGCCAAAACAGCCCUUCAACAAGUCCAUCCAGAUGUUUGUAAGAGGUUCCUUGGUUGUGGUGUUGUGGUUCCUGAGAAACUGAAGGGGUGUUCGAUUCUAGAUUUGGGAAGUGGAUCAGGCAGGGACUGCUACAUGCUCAGCAAACUGGUGGGAGAAGAUGGUCAUGUGACUGGCAUUGACAUGACACCAGAACUGGUAGAAGCAUCAAGGAAAUAUAUCCAGUACCACCAGGAGCUAUUUGGUUAUGCCAAGCCAAACACUGUGUUUCUUCAAGGGUACAUGGAGAAGCUCGGUGAAGCAGGGAUCAAAGACAGCUCUGUGGAUGUGAUUGUAUCAAACUGUGUGAUAUGCCUGUGUCCAGACAAAAGAGCUGUCCUGAGAGAAGCUUACAAGGUACUCAAGGAAGGUGGUGAACUUUACUUCAGUGACAUGUACGCAAAUAAGGUGGUUCCAGACUCUUUCAGAGAGGAUGCAGUUCUUUGGGGUGAAGGAAUGGCUGGUGGUCUCUACUGGCAAGAUCUCAUAUCCCUCGUGAAGGAACUGGGCUUCAGCACGCCUUACCUGGUUGCAGCCAGUCAUAUUCAAAUCCACAAUCAAGAGCUUCAAAAGAAAGCAGGUGAUAUUAAAUAUGCAUCCGGGACCUACCGUAUUUUUAAACUGCCCAAACACUCCAUUCGGUCCAAAGCACUGGUUACAUACAAAGGGACUGUGCCAGACUGUGAAGAACAUUUUGCAUUUGAUGCUUCAUAUUCCUUUAAGACAAACCUGACAAUGGAUGUAGAUGCAGAAAUGGCCGCAAUCCUUCAGUGCACACGUUUCUCCUCAGACUUCACCGUGCAGAUGACGGAUGAACCUGAUCCCAGCCUUGACUCUACUCGACAGUAUCACCUCCUGAACCCGUUCCAGCUGGCAGACAGACUGGGCUCCUGCAUAAAGCAGUGUUCGAAGACGGGCAGCACGGCUGCCUGUGGUACCAAGACGACCAGCGGGAACUGUGGGUAAUGUGGGAAAAGUACACCAUGCAUGGGUAAAACGCCCAGAUCUACAUUUUGACUGACGUUAGACUGAAUAAAGCAGAACAGCAGCUCACUGAGCCCAUAAGAUAUUCAGGUUAGCUUAUAUACUGUGAAUUUCUCUCACGCCCUUUUUGUUUAAUCUCACUAACAGCCAUUUGUCAUUGUCACUUCUAAACUUUGUAGAGCUUUAUUUUUUAUAGAUUUUUUUUCUAAUUCUAGAAACUUGAUUAACUGGAAUAUUACAUUCAUUUGAUACAAUGUAAAAAAUAAUUGCCAGAUUUGCGUUAUGUUGCAGUGACUUCAGUAAAAUGAUUUCAGUUAAUGAAACAACUUCCUAAUAAUGUUGUAAUUAUUAAAGAAAAAUAUGGGCUGAAGCGCUAGGAGUAUUAGAAUUGUGAAUCUUUCCAACAGGUGCAGGUUUUGAAGCUGGGCAAAAAUUGAAAUAUGAAAAAAUAUAUAAGUCAAAAGAAAAAUGGCUAAAAAAGCCUUUAAUGUGUCAUGGCAAAUAAAAAUAAAUAAAUAAAUAAAUAAAUAAAUUUACAUGCCAUGACACAUUAAAGGCUUUUGAGUCAUUUUUUUCAUCAGAGUGCCUUUGACUUUGACUGGCAAUUUUUUUCAUGUUGUAAUUAUUUUUAAUACAGGUAGAAAGAUAGAAUGGCUUUCUACCGUUAUCGGCCAGUCACAUAUUUUGGCUGAAAAUUGGCUGAUACCGAUACAAAGCCAUAUUUUUCGAAUUAGCCAAUUUUGAGAGCCGAUCAGUUUAUAUUUGUGAUUUAAGGAUUACAGCAGCUCUGUGUUGCUCACUGUUGAAGCUGCCUGGUUCAGGAAAAAUCUGCAGUUUCUCAUUCAGCUGCUAGAUGGAGCUCUGGAGCUGAAGCACAGCUGCAGACACUCACUCAUUAGCAGCAGGCAGCUCAGUAAGGACAUUUAUGUAAUGUGUAAAACACAAAAAAUAUUUUCUUUCUCAACAGUGCAGCUUUUAGCCCAUACUGUGAAUAGCAGUAUAGAGUUUCACAGUUUUUUUUUUUUUUUAUGUGGUUGGUUGUAAAAAGUAAAGUACAUUAUAUGAUGAGAAAGAGAGUGUAUGGCACAUUAACAGAGAUAUUAAAUCUCCUGCAUAUUGAUAGUGUCUCUGACGCCUGCAAAUCAUGUAUAAUAUCCCAGAAAUCAGUUUAUUGUGUUGCUUGUGCACAUUUUUGGACAGAGUUCUCUAGACUCAUCACUGUGCUCUGCAAACUGUAUUUAUAAUAAUGAAUAAAAUAAAUAAAAAUUACAGCAUUUAUUUGCAGAAAAUGAGAAAUGGCUGACAUAACAAAAAAGAUGCAGAGCUUUCAAUGAAAACAAGUUCAUAUUCAUAAAGUUUAUGAUAUUCAUAGAGUUCAGAAAUCAGUAUUUGGUGGAAUAACCCUGGUUUUUAAUCACAGUUUUCAUGCAUCUUGGCAUCAUGUUCCCCUCCACCAGUCUUACACACUGCUUUUGGAUAACUGUAUCCCACUCCUGGUGCAGAAAUUUAAGCAGUUCAGUUUGGUUUGAUGGCUUGUGAUCAUCCAUCUUCCUCUUGUUUAUAUUCCAGAGGUUUUUAAUUUGGUAAAAUCAAAGAAACUCAUAAUUUUUUAUGUGGUCUCUUAUCUUUUUGUAUUGUAGAAAAUUAGUUUGGAUUGGUGUCCUUUUAAAGGCAAACAAGUCUUUGACAUUAAUCUACACGUAUAUCUAUUAUGUAAAUAUUUUUGGGUGAGUACAGCCCUUACAUUAAUUUACAACCAGAUUAGGUUUCCACUGUUAAUGAGGUGACCAAAAUUAGGUGAAAUUAACAAAAAAUGAAUUUGUCUGAAAAGGUUAAUGUGGCAUCCAGCCACGUCCUCAGUUGGUAGGGGUGAUCGGCCCAAAACACCAAGAGUCCAUCUUUAAUUUUCACUGUACAUAUGUUAUAGUUUUUUCUUGACAAAAGUGAAAUACAGUGAUUGUAAUGGUGAUGGCAGAAGCACAAAAGUGAUAAAUUAGGUUUCUUUACCCUUUUGUUAUGUUUAACUGUAAGUAAUAGCAAUAAUGCUAAACAAUGACCCAUGUGUGUAUAUGUAUGUAUGUAUGUAUGUAUGUAUGUGUCUAAUAUAAACAUCUAUGAACUUACACAUUAAAAACAGUAGAUAUGUCAUUUUA